CAGGAACAACAGCAGCAUGGCAUACAGUGCGAAGAUCGGUCCGUCCAUCCUCAGCAGCGACCUGUCCUGCCUGGGCAGCGAGUGCGUGCGGAUGAUGGACUGCGGGGCCGACUACCUGCACCUCGAUGUCAUGGACGGGCACUUUGUCCCCAACCUCACCUUCGGACAUCCCAUGGUCGAGUGCCUCAGGAAGUCAGUCGGCCCUGACCCUUUCUUUGACCUGCACAUGAUGGUGUCUCGGCCAGAGCAGUGGGUGAAGUCCAUGGCUGCGGCAGGAGCCAGCCAGUAUACCUUCCACAUCGAGGCCACCACCAACCCUGGAAACCUCAUCAAGGAGAUUCAAGAGAGUGGCAUGAAGGUGGGUUUGGCCAUCAAGCCUGCUACUACUGUUGAAGAGCUCGCGCCUUGGGCUAACCACAUCGACAUGGCUCUGGUCAUGACUGUUGAACCUGGCUUUGGAGGCCAGAACUUCAUGGAGGACAUGAUGGCCAAGGUGAGUUGGCUCAGGAGUCAGUUCCCUUCAUUAGACAUUGAAGUAGACGGAGGAGUCGGACCUGACACGAUUCACAAGUGUGCCGAGGCAGGAGCCAACAUGAUCGUGUCGGGCAGCGCCGUCAUGGGCAGCGAGGACCCUCGCUCCGUCAUCGCUCUGCUGCGCACCGUGGUGGCUGAAGCCAUCCAGAAGCGUUCGCUGGACCGCUGAGAUGCCCUCUGUGUGACAACCUACCCGCCCAUCAGCAAUACAACACGACAGCCAGUGGAACAGACUCGACGCGGACAUUUCUGGGGUUGAGGUCAGGGGUCAGAGCAGGGCCAAGUCACUUUGAUCUGAGUGCAGGUGCACCGUGACUCUACAAAACAUUUAGAACGCCAUCCUGUCCUCCCACAAUCGCCCCUCUGAACCAAAGUUGAGUCUCAUCUCGGCGUGGGGACGACCGUUUCCAGACCGGCGGUGAAGUUACACUUAGUUCACAUGUGGAAACAUUCCUGAAUAUAGUUUGACACUGUUUUAAGGGGAUAUUAAAUGGUCCAAGGAGGUUCUGUGUUUAGUAGAUCUUCAGGUUUGCGAGUAAUUGUCUGAAAUCACGUUUCAUAAUUCUGUCUCUUGCUGUUGGGUUGAAAUGAACCGUUGACAACUUGCUAAACUGCUCCGCUUAAAUAAUGUACACUUGUAAAUUUCAGGAGAUUUGUUUUUGCAAAUUAAAGACUACAAUGAAGUGAAGUAUACGUUUGCUUUUGAAUUACUACCAAAAUGUAUUUAAAAAAAUUGCUUGCCUAUUAAAUAAACCAAUAAUGUGUUUCAUUCAA